CAUCAUUCUAUUGGCUAUCAUCUAUGAUCUUUACGACAGACGAUGGCUGUUCGCUGAAUCUCUAUCCCACCAACCCUCCAUCCCCAUCACUGCGCGCAGCCAGUCACGCCAUGACGAUGCAGAAUGGAUGCUUUGCACGGAUUCAUUUCUCCCGAAUCACUACCAAACAGCCCCAUACGUCUCCAAUGGCUAUUUUGGCCAGACCCUGCCCUCGGAAGGUAUGGGAUACUGGGUUCAGCGAGGGGAAAAUGGCAGUUUCACAAACAACUCAUGGCCCCUUGACCAACCCCGAGCAACAUUUGGCACUGUGUCGGGGUUUUGGAAUCUGCAAGAGAACACCACCCAUUUUGCCAGUCCAGAGAAUCUCCGUCGCGGUGGUGAGUCUGUGAUCAGCGGGAUUCCCGACUGGACUGGUUUGCUUCUCACCACUGCGGACGGGAAUAUUUAUCGUCCAGGUGUCGAUCCAUUAACAGUGCGACGUUAUCAACAAUGUAUGUCGGCGCAGAAUGGGAUUGUGCAAACCAAUGUUACUUGGCAGCCGCCGAGUAAUACAGCUUUCCAGUUGAAUUACACGAUUCUUGCGCAUCGCACCAGAGCUACCCUCGGUCUAGUACGUCUAGAUAUCGCCGUGCAUGAUGACACUACCGUGCAGGUUACAGACCUUCUGGAUGGAGCAGGCGCAGUCCGCUCUGAGUUUGAGUCGAAGGGUUUUGAUAAAGGUGACUCGAUCUGGACAAGUGUCAAGCCAUACGGAAUUCCCAACGUGACCGCUCACAUAUUUUCUACCAUUCAAUUCGAGGGGGUAAAUCCUGAGCCGAUAUCUACAGAGCUUGGAAAUCCUCCUCGGGUUUCGACAAACGCUAGCACGAUCGCGCAGCAAUGGAAAAUUAACCUCAAGCAGGGAGACCAGGUCACUAUCUAUAAGUUCGUCGGGAUCACGUCGUCCGACGCGUUUGGGAAAAGUGCAAGUUUGAUAGCAAGGUCUUCUGCUCUCCAGGCUAGAAGCACUCCAUGGAACCUAUUACUGCGAGAACACAUCAACGCCUGGGAUCAAACAUGGAAUGACAGUGACAUUAUCAUCCCCGGAGAUGUGGAGCUACAGCGGGCCGUGCGGGCAUCGCUGUUCCAGAUUCUUACGAAUCUGCCCAAAACAGUAGACCUGGCGAACUCUAUUCAUGUCGGAGGAUUGACUAGUGAUUCUUAUGCCGGUUUAGUCUUUUGGGAUUCCGAUACCUGGAUCUAUCCAGCCAUACAAGUUCUCCACCCUGAGAGUGCCUCCACAAUCCUGAAAUAUCGAUCACGGCUGCUCGGUCAGGCAAUUGACAAUGCGAAAUUGUACGGCUACGCUGGUGCAUUGUAUCCGUGGACGAGUGGCAGGUUUGGAAACUGUACUGGAACUGGAAUGUGUAAAGACUAUCAGUAUCAUUUGAAUACCGAUAUUGCCCAAUCUCUGUGGAAUUAUUUUCUACAGUCAAACAAUCGAACAUGGCUGGCCGAGACGGCGUAUCCUGUGAUCAAAAGCGUUGCAGACAUGUUCGCAGCAUACGUGAAGAAGAAUCGAACAACUGGAAGAUACGAGACCAUUCUGCUUGGUGAACCAGACGAAUUUGCUUACUUCAAAGACAACGGGGCAUUUACCAAUGCGGGCAUUGUCCAACUUCUAGGCGAGUGGGCUCCCACAGCAGCUCGUUUACUAAACCAACCAAUUCCCAAGAACUGGACUGAGAUCGUACAAAACAUCGAAAUACCUCUCAACGAUCAAAAAAAUAUCACUCUGGGAUUUACUGGAAUGCCAGGUGACUGGGUUGUAAAGCAGGCUAGUGUGAUUCUUCUAAAUUACCCAUUGGGCUAUCAACAUGAACAAGCGAAGAAUGAUAUUUCCUAUUAUUCUGCAACAACUACACCGGGCGGUCCAGCCAUGACGUGGUCCGUGUUUGCCAUUUCUGAAGCCCAAACAGAAACCCAGGGCUGUGCUGCAUACACGUAUCUCCUGCGCAGCUACGAACCAUACAUCCGCAAACCAUUCUACCAAUUCAGUGAAACAGCGCUGGAUAGUAUGUCUGAAGACAAUCCUGCCUUCCCGUUUGGCUUUAAUCCAGCAUUUCCAUUCCUCACCGGGGCUGGUGGCUUUCUUCAAAUAUUUACGCAUGGUUUGACAGGCAUGCGACUACAUCUUGAACACCUGCAUUUCGACCCUGUUCUGCCUCCUCAACUCCCACAUGGGGUGGUAGUCAAGGGUUUAAAAUGGCGGGGCGCAAUCUUGGAUGUCACCAUAAGUUUGAAUAAUAGCGUGAUCAGCAGGAGAUUGUCAGCAGAAGAUUCAAAUGAGCAAGUAUUAAUCCAAAUUGGCAAGUCUGAUAAGACAUUCGAGUUAUUACCGGGUCAAUCAUACACAGUUUCCACCAGACGGCCGGACCUCAAAUCCAAGAAUCUUGCAGCGUGUACAUCUGUUUCAUCUACGUCGGAAUUUGUCUCUCAGAUGUAUCCAUUGUCCAUGGUGGACGGCUCAAACUCGACAUAUUGGCAGCCAAAAGAUACGGUCGCAUCUGUGAUCUUUGACCUUGGUCAACCACAAGAUGUUUCUGGUGUAAAUCUCAUCUGGGGACCCAACCCCCCUCGAGAAUUCGAUUUGGGAAUAAAGCUUAUUGAAAAUAAUGACUUUAUCCGCCUUUUGACUGAUGGUGCAGUCUCUAUUUCCUCGCCGUACAGGCCCAAGGAAGCCGAACUGGUUCGAAUUCGACAGCCGAACAUUACAAUCAAUCGAUUUGAAAAUGUUAAUCAGGUGAGAUAUAUCAACUUAACUGUCAAAGGGUCAUGGGCAGCAGGUCAAAGUGCAACUGUGGCUGAAUUGUAUGUUUUUUAAUCAAGAAGUUCAACGUAUUUAUCAGAUACUGAAUGUACAUGUUAUUUGGCCACUUAUUCAAUAAAACU